GAGGAAGGGAAGCACUUGACUUUGCUCUCUGCGCUGUCUGUGGCGAACACAACGAGCGAAUGACUGCUUUCAGAGGAAAGUGCCCCGAAUUCUUCCCUUGACAAAGAAACCAAGUGUUAGCAGAGAUAGGUGCUCUCCCUGAACAAGGUUUCCUUUCACCGUGGCUAAACGUGACAUCCCAGAUCCACCAGUGACUGCCACUCCAACCGUAAACCACGUGCGUCCUUUUUAUGAGGCUUUUCCAGACUGAAUAUGAGAAACUCUGGCACGGUAACGCUUUCAAAAUAUUUGCAAAGGAGCCCCGGCCACGUGACCAGUGGAUUGUUGGCAAGAAACCCUGCAUCUACAACAAUCAAUUGGAAGGGCAGUUUAUGCCGCAGGAAAAGCUUCUAUCUUCUGCAAGGGGAGGAGCAGAAUAAGGCAGAGGGGUUCGGCAGCUGUUGUUACUGAACAACAGAUGUAACAUGAGUGUCAUCAAUUUGAGGGACUCUUAACAACUUAAUACACCUAACAGAUUGCAAUGGUUCCAGCUGAGAACAUGAGUGUUUUUUCUGCAGCGGAGCGCUGCCCCAACUGCAGCUCCUCCACGUACCCAGAGGUGAAUGUACCCAAGGCGGUGGUUUUGGGGAUAGUCCUCGUGGUGUUCGUGGUGUUUGGGGUCCUCGGCAACAUCCUGGUCAUCCUGUCAGUGCUCUUCCACCACCACUGGCGCUCUGUGACGCAUUACUUCAUAGCCAACUUGGCAGCAGCAGACCUGCUGCUCAGCUCCGCUGUCCUGCCCUUCUCCGCCACCUCGGAGGCUCUGGGCAGGUGGGUGUUUGGCCGGUCCUUCUGCAGUGUCUGGGCUGCCCUGGAUGUACUCUGCUGCACUGCCUCCAUCCUCAGCCUGUGUGUGAUCUCUAUUGACCGCUACUUGGCUGUCAGCUACCCUCUGCGCUACCCCGCCAUAGCCACCGGGAGGCGAGGCCUGACUGCAGUGGCUGCUCUCUGGGGACUCUCGGCAGCUAUAUCAGUAGGCCCCCUGUUUGGAUGGAAGGAACCCGACCCAGAGGACGAGACGGUGUGCCAAAUUACAGAAGAACCUGGCUACGCUUUGUUCUCAGCAUUAGGAUCAUUUUAUAUACCGCUGGCCAUCAUCCUGGCCAUGUACUGCCGUGUAUACACUGUUGCGAAGAGAGAGACUAAAUCCCACAGGGAGGGAAGAAAGGGAGAAGGGGUGGAGAUGAGGAUACACAGAGGGAACACUGCUCAGACGGGGAAACAGGAGGAUGACAAGAGGACCGCAACGCACAAACGCUCCACCUUUCCCAUGACGAGGCUGCUGAAGUUCUCAAGAGAAGAGAAGGCAGCCAAGACUCUCGGCAUUGUUGUCGGGUGCUUCAUUCUGUGCUGGCUCCCUUUCUUCCUGGUCUUACCCAUCGGCUCCAUCUUCCCGUCCUGUAAGCCCUCUGAAACCAUCUUUAAGAUAACUUUCUGGCUGGGCUACCUCAACAGCUGCAUUAACCCAAUCAUCUACCCGUGCUUCAGCAGGGAGUUCAAGAAAGCCUUCCACAACGUGCUGCGCGGCCGCUGCCUGAGAACCGGGGCGCCGACUGCCAAACCCCAAGGACACGCCGCUGCCCGUACCUCCGGUCAGGCCUCCACGUGUAACACACCCGUCCCCUCAGUCCAAAACUGUGACUCGGCUUCUUCGUGGGCUUGCUGCAGGGCGCUGUCGACCUCGUCGUCGUCUGUCAGCGCUUCGAACCAGGCCGAGGUCGCGCAGGUCCAGAGCAAGAGUCUGCUGAAGGCGUGGUGCUUUUCGGCCAGUCGAACUCCGGUACCACAGAACCCCUCCAGUCAAGGAUCAGCCAAGGUUUUGCACCUAUCUCUAGGAAUAAGAGGAGAGGCAGUCUGACUGGCAUUUUGCUGCAGUUCUGGGCAAUUUAUUCCUUUAGUCCACAUAUGUUCCACUUUUAUGUGUGUAUUUAUAUACCUCAGAGGCAUCAAAAAAUCACAUCCAGCCCAUAAUAAGUUAUGUCCUGAGUAGGCAGGCGAUAACUCCGUCGCCUUGAGCCAUUGCACCAGUCUGAAUGCCUGGAGUGUCAAAUGAAAUGUGAUUUGGAAAGUAAAUAAAUCAUACUUGUUUAUGCUCAACUGCGAAUAGAGCUCCACUUGAACAGGGCACUGAAUGUCAAAAUGUUCAAGAGGAACUGCAUACGCACACAAAAAAAGGCAAACCUCUGUGGUCAAGACCUGCAAGCCUUUUUACGCAUGUACGGACUCUACAGCAGAAAGCAGAACCUUCAGAAUACGCCAGAUAACGUCAGUCUUAAGGAAGUGACAUUGUUAAAGAACUCCAAAGACAUGAUUUCUUUAUUCAUUACUGAUAUUUCUGCGGAUUGCACAAAACCUCUUAAGGGUGAGACACUCAGAGGUCCUGGGAAUAAUUAACAUUCACCGGCUGCUCUGAGAAAAGUGAAAGCCGGCGCGGGAGUGUCUGUUACGCGUGUAACUUUGUGUAGCUGCUUUAAACGAACUGAACACUUGCAAACAUCUGUCAGGGAGAGAAAAGGUCAGAAGAGGAGGUGGUUCCCAUUUGGGUAUAGAGCACCAAGAGGCAAAUAUUACAGUUUAAUAGAAAAAUCCUUCAUUCAGCCAGUUUGAAGCUUGUAAAGUCUAGAGUUCGGUUUUGCCAUGCUCUUUCAACAAAGCAUUGACAUAUCUUCCUUUUUCACCCCCAAAGCUUGUGAUGUUGCCACUUAAAUGGUGUCUUAUUUUUUCUUUCAGUCCUGGUGUGAUAUGCCAAUGCAAACACUGAAAAAUGUUCAGGUUAUUUAAAACUGAUGCAUGAGCAAACCAAGCGGCAAGUAGUCGGCUUUGUUUCAUCAUCUGAAUGUGGAUUUGUUGAUUUCUGGACACAAUAGGGGCAGAAUGCUCUAAAUGAAGCACACAGCUCUGAAAAAUGAUCUGCUUAUACUGCCUUUAUGUCUAACACGAGCAAAGAAAUAUUUGCAUGCACAUCCAAUCAUCCCAUUUAGAGUUGUGUGAAGGUUUAUCUGAAUCGACCACGUAGCUCUGUUUUGGUCUCCACUAAUUACAAAACAGUAUGGAUUCUGUGUGCCUCGAUUUACCAGAUCUUGAUCCAACAGAUUAUUGUCUUACACUUGAAAAGCAUAUUUGAAACCUAAGUGGCAGUUAAGCUAACUGAUCUUCACAUCACUGAACAAAGAAGUGCGUCCACUACCUUUUUUUCUUUUGGAAUUUAUGGUGAAGAACCGUUUUUCUAUCUUCAGUGAAACAAAGAUGAAAAGGUCUCUAUCCAGCAAGUAGCUGGUACCUAGGAAAGAUAUUUCUAUCUAAGCUAUCUAAAGCUAAACUAAUUGUUAAGUUGUGAAAUUACCAAUAAUACCAAACAUUGCAUCUAAUGGAUGAACUAUCAAAUAAUUCUGCACUAAAGUCAUGUUCCACAACUUGGUUUAAGUGUAAGGUCUCUACCCACUGGUUUCCUGAAGAGUUUUUUUUGGAGCUCAACUGGAUGGCUCUGGUCGUCGCCAUAUUGGCAGCGUCUGACUCGGCCUAUCUCCUGGUUAAUUCUAAAAAUGGGGAGCAAGAGUGGAGCGGAGGUGGUAGUCGACGCAUAGGCAGACAGCUAGCAAUUCACAUCAGCACCCACCCCUCACUCAGAGGGGCCAUGCUGUUAAUAAUGCUUAACUUUCUUGAUACGGUUUAAAUCGAGAGACCAUGUGCCACGCUGUUAACAAUUUUGCUGUGAAGUUAGACAUGUUGACAGGGAGGUUGAUGGGGAUUUACUCAGCAGCACACUCUUGCUGUGUGCAAAGUUUGAUCUUGAUAAUAUUAUAUAUGCUCGUUUAAAUUCAAAUUCAAGAUUAGGCAUGAAUUUCUACUUGUCUGCCUUACGACUGGAGGACAUGGGGAGCAGACGCAGGACGACUCUCCAGGUGAUACAAAGGAGUCGCCAUGAAAGGGAUAUUCACUUCUAUCACUGCUGCAAGCUACAGAAAUACAUGCCAAGAGGAUCCUCUCAAGGAUACUGCAGAGAGAAUUAAUUUCUCUGCAGUCACAGCCACUAGUAAAAGCUUUGUAAAGGGUAGAUUUAAUUGUAGGGAGACUGCAUUGGAUUGCAUUAUAUUCUCUGGAUGUCCAUAUUGUGUCUUAUACGUAUACAUACGUUUAAUUUUGAUUUAAAUGAAUGCUUUUGUGUUGCUAAUUUUAUUGAAUUAGCAACACAAAUCCCACAACAUCCCUCAUAUUGAGGAACAAAACAUGCAGCCCAGCAUCACAAUAAUGUGUGUUGUUAAAAAACAUGUCAUGAACAUUGAUUUACAGCUUUAAGACUCAUGUUUGGGGUGUCUUCACCCCCGAACAUGCGUCUUAUCUUUUCUAAAAAGUCAUCACAGCAUUCUUUUUUAGCCAUAAAUCCUUUGUUCUAUCCUGUUGCGAGUUGUUUUCCUUUGCUGCGCUCGGAUUAAAGGCAUUUUUCUACCCUACGGACAGUCGGAGAACGCUUAUCUCCAAAAGCAGGAUGUAGAAAGACUUUCUAGAAGACAAAUGAUUUGUCAUUUCGCAGUCACCUCAGGUUUCGGGCACAAUAAGAUGAGGAUCCCUCAUCUUGCAUUGCUGUUGCAGGAUUUGACUUUAAUGUCUCUGUUGUCUGUUGCGUAAACUCUGUCUGCUCCCCACAUUUUAAAUUAUUACAGCCGCUAAACUGUCUCAGAUAACUAAUAAACAUACAGCUCUCAUUUUGGGGAAUUAGGCAGCCUAUGACUGAGAGGUUACGCUGUGUUAGGCGGCGAGCAGCAGAAAAAGAUGUGCUGUCCUUCCAUUAGAGACGCGCCGCUGAAUGCAAAUAUGUGCACACAUUGGUAAAAACAAUUACAUUCCACGUGUCACAUUUUAAUUAUUGCCUCGACAGUGUUGUAGUUACACUGAAGAGGAUAACAGAAACCUUGACAGCUUAUGAUUUAUAACAGGACAUCAGCGCAAGAUCACCGCUUGCAGAGAGAAAGUCAUCAAACCACUGCUUACAUUCUGGGAGUGUGCUCAUCCAUGGCCAAACGAAUUUGUGUCCAUCCAUCUGCCCGUGUGUGUAUAUACACCAGUAUUUGUGUUCAGUGUGGGUUGUUACUUCUUUUUUUUUUCUUUUUUUUUUAAAUGUGUGUGUGAAGAGCAGUCAAGCGAGGUUCUACCGUCAGCUCGGAUUUUAUUUAUGGAAAUAAAUGCAUCAGACUCCUAUUAAA